UCCACCACCACCGCCGUCCAUCUUCCCCUACCCGAAGUGUCGACGGCUUUGAUGGCCAUAGAAGCCUGGGCUCUAAUUUGAACGAAUCAGCAAAACCAAACAUGGUUGGAUCUUACUCCUCUCUCUCUCUGUGGACAUCGGGCGGACCUAAAUGGCCCCUUCCCUCUGCUCUGCUCUGCUUCUGCUCCUGCUGAUUACUCAUGUCGCUUCUCGGGUAGUAUAGCAGAGCUUCUCCGGCGAACUGGACUCUCUCUUCCUUCAAAGCGGAGAAGGCCUGCAGCGUUUUCUUCUUUUGUGUUUACCGCAUUGAAACGCGGCGUCCCUGGCGACGUUUCCCAUUGCGAUGACGACGGCGACGACGACGACGACGACGACGGGACACUCCUUGUGUCGGUCCUCCACAUGCCCGCCUUGGCUUCAAGCGACUCUUGCAGAUAUAGAGCAUAGGGUGCAAGCUGUCGCGGUGGCUGUACCGGAGAACUCGAAGGCGGACACGUUCGCGGAACGGGCGGAGAACUACUACCAGAGGCGGCCCCAACUCAUCGCCCUCCUCCACGACCUCCAUAACCGGUACCUCUACCUAGCCGACCGCUACUCCCAGUCCCUGCUCCACCGACAUCAACGUCGCACAUCCUCCGUUCCCUCCGACCUCGACGCCGAUGACGAUCAUGAUCUGCGGGACUCCGCUUACUCUGACGCCGAGAGCUCCCUCUCCUUCCAACCAUUGGCUGCCCAGCCACAACCGCUGCCCCGAGGUACGCCCCCCGCUGUCGCCGCCGCCGACGACCUGGACAUGAUCGUGGCGCAAAUGGUGCUGGCGUCGGUGGAGCGGGAUCUGCUGGAGGCGGAGAGCGCGGAGGCAGAGCGGCGGCUGGCCGAGUCGGCGCGCAAGAUCGAGCUGCAGGGGAGCCUGGUGGAGGUGCUUGAGGCGGAGCGGAUGGUGCUGCUGGGGGAGAAUUCGCGUCUGGGCUUCCGGGCGGUAACCGCGGAGGAGGAGAUGCGUGCGGUGGCGGCGGAGCUCGGUUACUUGCGGCGGCGGGGUGCGGACCUGGCGCGGACGGUGGUGAAGCUGCGGGAGGACCACCGUGUGUGUCUCAUGGGGCGGACGAUCGAGGGUCUCCAAGCGCAGAUCUACGGGCUGGAGCAACGGAACCGGGAGUGCUUCGAGGCCAUGGCGCGGCGGGAGAAGGAGAAGGGGGAGGCGCGGGCGGAGGUGAACCGCCUGCGCGAUGAGAACCGCCGGCUGAGGGAGGAGGCGGAGGCGGCCCGGGGUGGUCGGCCGCGGGCUCGCAGCUUGUGGGAGCGAGUAAGUAUGUUGGAAUGGGCUUCUUCCCCAUGCGUUCCGCACGUGAAGCAAGCAAAGGGACCCAAAGGCUGCCUCGGCUAAUAAUAUUGAGCCCUUUUCAUGCUUCGUUUCUUUUUGCCUUACGUUAUCGCGUAGACUGUAUAGAGUCGUAACGUGAUGCAGUUCUGCUAUGGAAUUGUCCACUUUGGCUAAACUUAAUUUGAUUCAUCACGGUGGAAUUUGUGAU